AUGUUGGUUGCCUUUCGUCGCUCCGCUGUGAGCCACGCGCUGCGAUCCUCUCCCCGAACGUUGUCGGCGCGACCAACUCCGCAGCGCCUCCAAUCGAUCUAUUCAUCAAUUACGGGGCCAUCAUACGCGCCAAAUUCCUCUUUUCAUUCAUCUCCGUUUAGAUCCUCAUCGGCGAUCGCUGUUGAGAACAAUGACACCCAGAAGUUUGAUCUGGACCAGCCCGGGCAAUCGACUUCGUUCCAGAAGUUAGCAGAGGACGGAACAGUUUCACGUCCAUUAAUCGACUGUAUUACAUCGCAUUUGCGCCUGGAGAAUAUGACGGAAGUCCAACGAUUGACUAUUCCGGAGUCCGUAAAUGGCGGAGACCUGCUGGCCCAAGCCAAAACUGGUACCGGUAAAACACUUGCUUUCCUUGUUCCUGUCAUGGAGAGGCUUGCCAAAGAUCGCUCUUUGAAUAAAUCGAUUAUUCGUCGUGGCCGGAAAGUUGGAACUAUUGAUAUUAGGUCAAUCAUCAUUUCUCCCACGCGAGAAUUGGCCGAACAGAUUGCAGACCAAGCUGCACCCCUCGCUGCCAGACUUGGCUUGAUUGUACAGAAAGCGGUGGGAGGCACUCAGAAACGGGAGGCUUUGCGACGAGUCUAUGCAGAGGGCUGUCACAUCCUAGUUGCAACUCCCGGUAGACUUCGGGACCUCCUAUCCAACCACACCGGUGGCGUGACGGCCCCAAAGCUGUCUUCGCUUGUUCUAGAUGAGGCAGAUCGCUUGCUGGACCAAGGGUUCGCUCCCGAACUUAUGGAGAUUCAAAACCUGCUUCCGGACCCAAAGCAAGUCGACCGUCAAACCCUCAUGUUCUCUGCCACUGUUGCCCGCGAGGUUAUGGGUAUGGUUCGCAACACCAUGAAGCCAGAUUUCAAAUUUGUUAAAACCGUCAACGACAAUGAGGUCCCCACGCAUCUCUCUGUUCCGCAAAAGGCAGUUAUCCUAAAUGGCCUCGAAAACGCUAUGCCAGCUCUAUUAGAAUUGACCAAGCUUAAUCUGAAUAGAGACCCCCCAUUCAAGGCCAUUGUGUACUUGAACUCUACCAAGCACACGAAUACUACAUAUGAAAUAUUUAAGCACCUACUGAUUGACCCCGAAACACCGCGAAGCGGUAGCCCUCUCGAACCGUUGUUCCAAGGCGAGAUUCAUUCUCGUCUGUCACAGGCCGAAAGGACACGAGUUUCGAACAGGUUUAGAAGGUGUAAAACGGGUAUCCUCUUCUCAUCCGAUGUCACCGCGCGUGGUAUGGAUUUCCCCGGUGUCACCCAUGUUAUCCAAAUCGGUUCGCCAAGAGAUCGUGAUACCUACAUCCAUCGUCUGGGCCGAACGGCCCGCGCCGGCAAGAAGGGCGAGGGAUGGACCUUCCUCCAUAAAGGGGAAAGGGAUGCAUUCAAUAACAUGUUGCGGGAUAUUCCUGUCGACGUGGACAACAAAACCCUCACUACCGCUAGCCUCAACAUGUUGGACGAGGCCGAAGUGACACCC